UUAAUCGUUUUUUCUCAACAGGUGGUCUACUUCACUGCCAUUUUUCCGUACUGUAUCCUGGUCAUCUUCUUUGGCCGAGCCAUUACAUUGAAGGGAGCUGGGGAGGGACUCAAACACAUGUUCACACCAGAUAUGAGUAAGCUUCUGAAUCCAACUGUUUGGAUGGAUGCAGCCUGUCAGGUUUUCUACUCUCUUGGGCUGGCGUUUGGUUCGCUGAUUGCUUUUGCAUCUUAUAAUCCCAUGAAGAACAACUGCAAACGUGAUGCCAUCUUCAUGUGUCUCAUAACAGUUUUCACCGCCACUUUUGCCACUGUUGACAUCUUUGCUGUACUCGGCUUCAAAGCCGUGGCCAACUAUGAGAAAUGUGUUCACCAUAACAUCGAGAAGCUGCAGGCCAUCUCUCACAACUGGACGAAGUACAGUGAAAACAUCAGCAUUACUGUGGAUAACUAUGAUAAGGUCUGGCCAAAGAUAUUCCUGCCCAGGCUCAAGGAAUAUUAUAUCAAUGAAACUCACAAGCAUAUCAAGAACUGCAGUGUGGCUGAUGAGCUCAAUCAGGCUGCUGAGGGCACGGGUCUUGCCUUCAUCGUGUUUACACAAGCUAUUGUAGAACUACCAGGUAGCAAUUUCUGGUCGGUGUGUUUCUUUAUGAUGUUAUUAGCGCUGGGUCUGGGUUCACAGUUUGGAACAAUGGAAGGAGUCAUCACAAACAUAUUUGACAUGAAGGUCUUUUCCAGAGUUCGAAAGGAAAUUUUGACAGGCAGUGUAUGCUUGUCCAGCUUACUGAUUGGUAUGAUAUUCUGCACGGGUGCUGGUGAAUACUGGGUCGGCAUGUUUGAUACCUUUGCAGGUUCCAUGGGUUUGAUCAUCAUUGCCUUCUUUGAGACUAUAGUCAUUUGCUAUGUGUAUGGACACAAGAAAUUUACUGAUGACAUAGAAAGGAUGAUUGGUGAACGACCUGGGAUCUACUGGCAAGCAACAUGGCGAUUCAUCUCCCCUCUCACUAUCUUCUCAAUUGUAGUGGCUUCUGUCUACUACAGAAUCUCUCAUCCUCCUGAUUACCCUGCCUGGAAAAUGGAAGAGGGUGUGGCUGUUAAAGAGGCAUAUCCAGGCUGGGCCAUGUUUGUAUGCCUGGUCCUCCUCAUGGCUGGCUUCUUGCCCAUUCCGAUUAUUUACUUCAUGCGACGUUGUCAGUGUAUCCGCUUUGACACUGAUAUUCAUCAAGCCUCAAUCAAGAGAGUGGAGACCACAAUUUCUACUCAAGGCAUGAUUAAGGGUGAAGAGCUACCACGUCCGGAUUCUGGAAUUUGGACUAUAUACAAGUCCAGCCUAUCAUUUCUCGAAGGACUUAUCUUUGAGGCUGACGAUUAAUGUCUUUAGAACUGCAAGCUUGAAGAGUAUCACGAUUCUCCUGCGGGUGAGGAUGAUGACGACGAUGGAGGUCUUACAGUCCAGGGUGGCAAGUUUCGUAUGGAAGUGAUUGACUAGGGAUCCGAUGUGAUAGUUAUUAUUGCGAGAAAGCAUAGAUACAGACAUUUUUGGGUUAAGCAAAAAAGUACAGUGAAAGGCAGCCAUCACCAGCAAAUUUUAGCAUCACAUGUUUAUAAUGCUUUAUAUAAAUCUGCUACUUACGGAAAAUAUCAGCAUGUGAAGCUUAGCUAAGCUUAGUGCCAAAUUAAGCCGAUUAAGCACAUAUGUACAGUGUUAGGGGUCUAGAUGAAAGGAAUUUCUCUACCGAUGCAUGUGUUGGUACAGACUACAUUAUUCCGUGCAUAAUGAUCAUUAAUUAAUUUAAAUGCAGGAUAUUUCUCGGUUACAGUGCAUGGUAUUGCAGUUGAAAAGUAUUUUUACAGUCUAAACUUACUACACACAAUUUUUAUGAAUUAUGUGUUAAUAAAAUAUUGCCAUUGUACAACUUGCAGACAUCAUAUUUACAAGAGUUUACAUGGUUACACAAUUUAUUGCAUUAUUUUCGUAAAGUUUUAACUUAAUUUAUCCUAAGAGCUCUAUGAUAGAGCACUGUCUGUAUCUCUCUGGCUUAUUCUGUGCAUGAUAUUUAUUUGAAAUUAUGAGGGUUAUUAAAGCCUCUGGGAAAAGUAGCCACUAUGGAUAUUUUUUUUUUUUUAUCAUUCUGCUACAUUAAUUCCAUUGAAGUUUAAAUUUUUUUAGUAAAUAAAUUACAGGAUUAUGAUCUUGUAACUUUUGUAUAUUAAUAUGUCUCCUGAUGUCCAGUCUGUAUUAACAAAAUUCUUCUUGCUUUUACAGCAAGAAUAAUUUUACAUUACAGUACGUAAUUAUAAAUAUACAGUAUGCAUUUUUUCAUUUUUAUUUUAUCAGUUAAUGCCAGUUCCAAAUUACUGAGAACAGUAUAUUAAGAUAUCCUAAAUUAUUUUGACUAUAAUACAGGUGUGUCCUGUAUGUCUGUUAGAUACAGUAUAUCAAACUAACAAAAUAUAAAACUACAUCAGUUUCAAGUAAGAUACCUUAAUAGGUAUUCCAUCCUUAUGGUCACAAACCACCCAGUUGUACACAACGUAAAAACAUUUAUGUUCCUUAAAUAAAAAAAACAUUAGAGAGCACGCUUCAGGUAUCCUCCAAGCUGAAAGGAGUCAAAUGGUUAAAAACAUGUUAAAACUGCAAUGUUGCGUACAGCUCUUUUGAGGACAGGUUAUAGUUAAGUUGAUUGUAUCAUAUCAGAGAGCACUAUUAUAGUUUUAUCAAGAUUUUGUUUUAUAUUUAAUUUAUCUUCUCUUUGAGGUGAAUUUUCUGUUGAUGCAUUAUUUCUUGUGAUUUUUUUUAAAUGUGAGACCAUAUAGUAAGCAGAUUUCAUAAUACAGUAUGUACUUGUAAUUUUAUGCCACCAUUUCAUAAUUUGAUUUAAGAUUAAUUUUAGCAAAAAAAAAAAAAAAAAAACAAGUAUUUGGGGUUGUAAUGGUAGGCUUAAUCAUAAUAAUUUCCUUAAUUCUGUAAUCCAGCAUUUGCAAGGUAAAUAUCAGAUUUGCUAAACAUAGCUAAAUUGUUUAUCCAUAUCAGAAAAUAAGCUAAGCAUGACCAGAUAUUGUUACUGUCUUGCAAGUUGCACAUGGCAGUCUGUCAUAAAAAAUAAUAUUGUUUUUGCGACACUAUGUAUUUGCUAAUAAGAAAUGUAAUUUAUAUUGGCACAUUCACCGGCAGUGAAGUUUUUAUCUGGAUCACAUUUUUAUUUAUUCAGUAUAAAUUAGUAGAAAUACCACCAGUCAAGAGCCUUGUUCUGUUAGAUAGUUAUAUUAUCACUUUUAACUUAAUGAAUAUUCAAUUUAAUACAAGAACUUGCUUCAUUGUAAAUCUGUAUAGGCUAUAUAUAAAAAUAACUUAUUGUUUCUAAUUAUUCCUAAUUAUCAAUCAUCAAUAUUCACUAAGACAAUCAUAUGUUAAAUUAUUACAAAAAUAUACAUUAAUCAACAGUAUAUCUGAGAAAACUGUACUGUACUAAAACAGUGCUUCAAGAUAAUUCACAUUUUACACAGUAUGUUCAUAAAAAAUAACCUAAAUGAAUGUAAACUAUAUCUUGUCAGCUUAAAGUUAACUUCCAUAGAAGUCGUCAAGCCCACACUGUUGUUAUUGUGACCUAUGGCAGGUUGUGCCUUUUGGUGAAUCUAUUGUAAGCUAGUUGGCCUAAGAAUCUCGCUAUUUCAACUCACUGGAUAAACACUAAUGUGCCCAUUUCAUUUCUAACUACAGUAACUAUAAUAAGCUAACCAGAGAGCCUUUACUAUUUCACAACUGAGUCACAAUUUGGAGAGGAAUUUUUAGAUGACAUUCCAGUCCAUCCUAGACCAUUGUGAAGUCACAGGUCACGACUUGAUAAUGGUCUAGUGCAGAUCAAAACGUCAUUUAGCGUCUCCAAAUUGUGGGUUAGUUGCAAAUUGUCCCAGCCAAAGUAUUGUGACUUUUAUGUUUCUGUACUAGGCAUGUUUUUCUUUAGAAGAAAUAGUGUAAUUUGUUUCAAUAUCUGUUACAAAGGCAUAAAAAUCAGUUGAUUGUGUCAUACUGUUGACCUGUCUUCAUAUAGUUCUUUAUAUUUUUUCUGUGUUAUGUCUCUUCUAUAUGCAAAAGUUUCCUCAAGGAUUUUAGACAGCAACUCCCUCCACACUUUCAAAUAUUGAUCCAACAAUACUGGAUACAUUUACCAAGGAUUUUUACAAGCAUCUUUCACUAGCAGUCACUUUUUUUUUUUUGCAUGCCCUAAGAAAUAAUAUUUCAUGUAGAUACUGUAUUGAUGAUGCCAACCACUAAUAAACAAGGUAGAGAAAGUUAUGAGUAAUCAAAACAGAUGACAAUAAAAUGAAGAAUGAUGACUAAUAAUAUUUAAAGAACUGAAUGAUUAUAUUGCAACCAGACAACAUACAAUAAUCCAGUUGUAGUCCAAGAAAUGAGCCACCCGUGAUAAAAUAUAGGUUUGCCCUCUAUGCGGAUUCACUUUAUGUAAACUCGCCAUUAUGCGAUGUCUUAUUUCUUUUGGUGAUACUGCAUAUGCAGUUUACAGUCACUAUGUAUGAUGAGCAUGGUUUACAGAGCUCUUUGAAGAUUCUUAUUAUGCAUAAUUAAGUGUUUAUGGUACUAAGGGCCUGUAACACAUCUACAGCAUAAAAUGAGGGACACCUAUAUUCCUCACAUUUAACUUCCUUGGAGAACUAUAUAAAAAACUGUUUGCUUAAUUAAAGCAUUUGUUUCUAGAUCAUCUACAGUCUUGCAUUGUUGUUUUGUACAUGAGGACCAGAACCAUUCUGUAAUAUUACAUUUUCCAGCUCUUAUAAAAUCUUGUUUGGUCAAAACUGUAUGUUUUAUUAAGGAUUAAAUCAUGUUUUUCCACAAAAACCAGAUUGAAAGUAUGUAGCAACUCUGACAAACUGAUUACAGUACCUAACAAAUAGCACGGACACUGUUUAAACCUGUACAACCAUCCAUGGCUGUGGUCACUUAUUGUAAUACUGAGAUGUUUCUGAAAACACCCAGAAAGGUCUCAUAAUCCUUUCUUGACCCUAGUGGGUUUAGUGCUGGGUUUUGAUUAUAAUAAUAAUAAUCAAAAUCCUUCCAGAAAUUAGAACACCUUCACAGUACAGUACUGCUGUUUAAACAUUCAUAUAACAGUGUCACUAUCCUGAAUGGGAAAUCCCUUCAAUUUUUUCAGUUCUUUAGUACAAUCAGAUUCUGGACAAUACCUGAGUAGUUUGUCUUAAGGUAGAAAAUCCUAAACCUUUGUAAAUCAUUCAGCAUUAUAAACAAGAGUAAGGAAAAAUUAUAGGGACAGUGGCAAUGUUGGGGAAAGAACACUGACAAGAGAUCACAGUCCAAAUAGUAAAUCUGUAUUUUCAAAAAAUUAGAGAUAAUCCAAAAUAUAGGUGGGACUAUCAGAAAGGAGAGUAAACAGAGUAAGCAUUUCAGUGCUAUGAAUAAAACAUCUAAAAUGGUGUUGUGUUCUGAUGAAUAGGACAAGUCAAAAGACUGAUUGUUUACUUGGCUUAACACUGCUCUCAGAGUGGUGCCAAGUACCUCUCCAUGUGAUAACUAUAUUUUAACUUGGUGUUAUCAUUUUGCAGUCAGCUGAGUGCUGAAGAGGGAAUGGCCAGAAGCCUAAUUGUAAUUUCAUUAAAACGUCUUUCUAGUCACUAUUGAAGACAAUUGACGCUCCCAGAAAUCUUGCAGUAGCUGAGCUAGUAUAGUACAGUAUUUAAAAGAAAAAGGAAGAGAAUGACAACUGCCAAUGGAAUAUUGUGGAAUUGAACUCAUGAGCUGAAAAAUGCUUGUUUCAUUGUUCAUUCCUUUAAACACCAGUAUGGUACUACUACCAGAUCUUAUUGCUCUUUUACCUUUUAAAAUAGUGUAUCUUCCUUAUCACAGGUGUAAAUUAUUAUUCUGAGUGAGCAUAGCCCCAUUAUUUAGAUCAGAAUUGAUCGAAAAGCUUCAAUUUAGGUUAUAAAGUUACACUCCUACACUAAAUGCUUUAUUUUAUUUCAUAGCGAGCAGUAAACUCAGAGAAAUGGAAGGGUAGCUCCCAUUCAUUUUAUCAAAAGCCUUUCACUAGAAUCAAGGCACCUCUCGUGAAGGACACUGUAAACAAACAUUGGUCAACACCCAGCUUUAUGUUUUUUACCUUAUGAUAAUUCAGGGGGUCAUUACCCCUAUGGUCCAGUCCCAAACUAGACCUCCCAGUUGUUGGGUUGAUUGACUGGGCUGUUGGUGUCAGUGGUGGAGUUGGUUUUCCACAGCACAAGUGGUUAAAAAAAAAAAAAGCACAUUGCUUACGUCGUCCUCUCCUCUCAGACCAACUAGACCAUCAGUCGAGGGAUGCCAGGUAUUUAAAUCAAGCCAUUCAGAAAAGUUUACGUGAUAAGGAAAUUAAAACCAUCAGAGCCAAAUAAUAACAGAGUAAAUCCAUGAAUCUUUAUGUACAACAUCACUGUGUUUGACUGUAUUUGAAAACUUUUCUUAUUGUCAUAAGAAAUGCAUUAAUAAAUAUUUACCUUUAAAAAGCUUCUCAGCAUAAUAUACUGUAUAUUCUUAAAUCAUAGCAUACUUUUAUAUUAGCAAAGUUGAAUAUGCAAGUUCCCAGUUAGCUAGUUCUGCUAAGAAAGCAAUAUUUAUACUUUUUCUGGAGAAAUAACAAAGAAAUGUAUAUGUACAAUAUUUGCACAUUACACCUCAGCCAUUUCCUUCCCACAUAAGCAGUACAGACUCAUCAAAGGCACAAUGUCAUUGGUAGGAGUGUAGGAUAUGUACAUACAAUAUUGUACAGUAAAUGUGUAAAUAAUCAUAUUAUUUGGUUACCCUUCAUAUCAAGGCAAAAUUUUGAAAAAAAAAAAAAAUGUAAUGACCUUACAUGACUUUUAAUUAAAAACUGAACAGUGAAAUAUGUUUUCUGAAUUUUAUUGUAAUUAAAUGCAUCAGUUAUUAGAUUUUUUUGCCUUUUAAUGUCACAUAGCAAUCAACAAUAUCAUUAGUACAAGCUUGUCUUAGCAGUCAAGUCUGUGUUUUUUCUUAUUAGAUAUAUAUAGGAAAACUAUUUUUGUGGUUGCCAAAUCAGUGUCAUGUAUAUAUUGCAUAGUAGUACUGUAAUAUCAGCUCUCUGAUCUGCUAAUUUUAAGAUGUUGUUAUUGAGCAUCGUACAAUAUGGUGUCCUAACUACUUGCAGUAAUGUAUAAAUCUUUGAGCUCAGUGAUUGUCAUAUUAUAUCUUACAUAAGAAUUUAUUCUGAUUGAAUCAUAAUAUAGAAUAUUUUCUUGGCAGAAUCUCAAAAGUGACUAGCAGAUUUCCUCUCGGAUAUAUGACUCAUGGUAUUUAGCAAUGUACAAUAAUACUUAACUUUUUUAUAAAUUUAUUUUCCCCUUUUAUUGUGUAGGUCAUGAGACAAUUUUCUUUGGUAUUAACUUUUUUCCUGUUCACAUACUGGUGAUUGCAACAUUAAUUGUACAUAUUAUUCUAAACCAAUGGCAAUACAAGUGAUAGUAAUCAGACUUGACAGGUUUUUUGUAUACUCAGUAUUGUUAAUGUUUAUUUCUAGUGAUUGUUAAUAGAGAACCUUGUUACAUAUAGAUAUCUGGCUUUUCUCUUCCUGUAAUGUAUAGAAGAAAAAAUCUAUACAUUGUUAACAUUUAGCUAUUAUUUGGGGCACAUUCUGACAUGUAUUAAAGACUAGAAUGGUGCCACAGUGCCAUGAUGGUGACAUCAAGUCAAGUUCAUAAAUACUGCUUGGGAUCAUUCUGCAUCUCAUUGAAUUUCUUUGUUUAACACCAAGAAAACAUUUUUUUUGUUUUUUAAUUUAUUGACUCGGAUAGUCUUAGCAUUCUUUUUUAUCUCAACGACUGUGUCCCACCAAGGCACAUUGCCUAGGGAGUGGUUGGUAAUUGGGUUUGAUCCAAGGAAGGGGAGGGUAAUUUUAUAAAUACCUUUCUGAUGCAGCAACAAGGGAAAAUUCCUAUCCUCCUAUCCUACUAUCUUGAUGUUUUGCAAUGCCAUAAUAUACAACAUGCAGGUUGUUCCUCAUAACUGCAAAAGACUUGAUUUCUUCAUAACCUAUUUAUUGCAUUAAUUACUCAUUUUCCUGUGAAAAUUCAAUCACCAUCAUUAGGAUUCUUUCCUAAAACAAUCGUGUUAAAAAACUUCUGAUAAUGGUGACUGAAGUUUCUCAAACAUUGAUAAUGAUACAGUACAGUAAAUAUUUUAAGAAUAAAUGAAGCCUUUCUAUAUAGCAUGCUCUAAUAUGAUUUAGGGGCAGUACAAAAUAAAAUAAUUGCACAUUAUCCCAAGUAUGAUACAAGAAUUUUGGCAUGGUAACACCAAUUUAAUAUUGUUUAUUAUUUUUAAUAUAUGUAGCACCCACUUUUUGCAGAUGUUGCAUAAGCCAAGACUGAAAUUCUAGCCUUUAUAAUAAUAAUAAUAAUAACCUAAAAAUAAUCAUAAUAAUUAAUAAUAAUACUUUAAUAACACAAGGUAAUAUCCAUGAUACUGUAGUAAGGUUAGAAUAACACAGAAAAAGAAAAUAUCCAUUUAGCCGUUCAAUUUAUAUCAAGUGAAUCAUCCCAUUCCAAAAUUUGUUAAAUGAAUAUGUGUAGUUAUUGUAUGUAUAUCUGGUAUGUAUUUGUACCUUAUAGAGACUGUGGAUAUUAGGCUAUACUGUGUUGAUAUAAUACUAACUUACAGCUGCUCAUAAAUGCCUACAGACCCUUUUUUUAGGUGAGGGAGUGGAUAGAGGAUGAGAACAAAUUUACUUGAAAGUUUAUAUAAUGGGUUACCUAUUUUUAGUUCAGUGAGGAAUUCUACAGUUACUUAAUGGUAUUAAGUUUGCAAAUGUGAAUCAAAGUAAAAAAAAAAAAAUGAAUAAAUUAUAUGUCAUGCACAUAUUUUCAGUAUGAUUCACACACAUCUUAUGAUGUGUGCUUCAUAUAUAAUUUAUUAGAAAAUUAUAUAUUGUGCACAUAUCAUAUGAUGUGAUAUUUAAUAUUUAUUAUAGUGGACUGGAAAACAAACAGGCUUUAAAAUGAACAAAAGUUUUACUGAAUGGAUCAUUAUAUGACUAAAACCUGCACCAGGAGUAAUUUUCCAAUUUUCUGAUGACAAAAUAUCUCCCUACCACACCUUACCUUUUGAAAUAAGUUACUGUACCUGAUCUUUUCUUGUUUUAAACAUAGAGAUUUUCACAUUCUCAGAUAAUUCUGUAUAUUGGCAGAUAUACGAAUGUCAGCUUUCACCAGAAAAAAAAUUGAUAGAAUAUCAGUAAGCAGUGGUUCCUCGGUAUUCAUAGUCUGAUGAAACUACUUCAGUAAUACAAAUGGCAUGACUCUCAGAUAUAUGUAAAAAAAAACACAGGCAUUAGACAGCUGAUAUGUACAGUCUCUGUAGGUUAACUUAUAUCAGUAAAGUCACCUACUGAAAAUUAGCAAUACAGUAUGAAAUACUGUAUUUGCUGUCUUUACUUCAGAUCAGUAUGGGACUAUUCAUGAAUCCUCACACACAGGUACUCUGCACCCUCUUCUACUUUAAAUAAGAAUAUACUUUGUCUUAUUGUUGUUAUGCAAUUUAUUAAAACACAUUAAUUUAUUUUAGUAGGUUUUCAGAAAUCCAUUUUAAUUGUUAAUAGUAAUGUUUUUCCUUUCUGGAACAAUAAAUGUAUAUGUAGCUUAAUAAAAUUUUGUCAGUCAGCCAGAUGAUGGCAUAUGGUUAAGAAAGAUUGAAAAAGAAUGAACUGGUACAGUAUGUGCAAAAAAGGUAUCACUUUUCUUACUGUCCAUAUUGAUAAUUAAACAUUAGUUGUGCAUGUGUGUGUCAGUGUUGUAUGCAAUUUGAAUAGAAUAUACAAAAAUUUAAAGGAAGUAUAACACUUGAUUUAGCAGAAAUAUAUUUUAUAUUUAGAUUAAUCGUAUACAAAAUAUUAACACUGUAAAUGCUUCCUCAAGAGAUAGCUACAUAAAAAUUAUAUAUUAAAAAAAGCAGUAUCUGGUUUUAAUAGAAAAAUUGUGCCUUUUUUAAUAUUAUAAGAACUACAUGAUUUUAUGCCUUGGAAUAAUAAUGUGAUCACCAAAAUUAUUGUACAGCUGAACACUGCAAGUUCGGAUCAGUCAGGGCCAGAUGAGUUCUGAAAUUAAAUUUCACCAGACCUAACCAACUCUGCAAAUCUAAGGGAAAAUUUUAUGGAAAUUUUCAAAGAACAAACAUUACAGAACAAAUGUAAUGAAGAAAUACUUGUGUCUGUUAUCCUUAUCCUCUUAUACAGUAUGUACACCAGUGUAGGUGAAGUUAUCAGGCCAAAUAUUGAUGUUAAAUAUUGAAAUUCCUUAAAAAAUACUGUAUUAUAGAAUGUGACAUUGUCACAUGUCAUCAGUUAUACACACAGUUAUCAUACACCAAUAAUUAUGUGCUUUAUCAAGCACCAUUAUAUAAAUCAUGCAUUGAGGCAAAACAGUAUUGGGUUUCAACACUGAAAUUACUUCAAAUAUGUAUAAGAGAUUUUAAUAUCUAUACUCUGUCAUUAAGUACAGUACAUCAUACACCAACACGUACGAAAGGCUAUAAGGCAUUGCCAUAAUUAUACUGUACCUCACAACUGCUGUUAAGUGAGUGAAGUACAUACAGCCAAAUACUCGACAAGCAAUAACCACUAGUUAUAAAGUGCUAUUUGCAUUGCCUGACAUAUUGUUGACUAGGGCAGCAGUUAGCCUUGAAACUGCACUUGCUUUCCCUUACUUCCAACAUAAGCCUACGGCAGUUGUUGGCAGGUCAGUUACCUAGCAGCUCAGACCUUACUUCCAAGAUAAGCCUACGGCAAUUGUUGGCAGGUCAGUUACCUGACAGCUCAGAAAGCCGAGUAAGAAAUAUCAGACUUCAUUUCAACUAAAUUUUCAAAUAACUUUCCUAGUUAUCAGAUUACGAAGUUUCAGUGUUCAACUGUAUUACUGUACUCUAUUAUAUUUAUUAGUUUACUAACAGUAAAAAAAUUAAGGCUCUUGAGAAAGCUAAUUUGUUCAUCGCUCAAUAGAUGCUAGUCGUCAGUUCUGUUUAUUCAUUCUUUUAAACUUGAUGAUUCUGAAGGGUAAAUCUUAUAAAAGUCUAUUUGCAGACUUGUUUUUUUGCUGUGCGGGUAUGGCGUGAAAUUUUUAUAAAAUUUGUUUUGUAUUGCCAGUGAUUAAUUUUCCCAGAAAAGACAGAUUUGGCUCAACUGAUGUCAGUUGUAGUAUUCUCAUGCAGGUUUGUUUAAGAAUGGUUUGUUAUGACUGGAGUUAUUGACAGUAUCUUCAAUUAAACAAUUUUUAAAAUUUAAUGGUUUAAUAGAGUAAUUAAAGAGAUAAUUUUGCUGUCAAAGAUAAAAGAAAACUAAUUAAUUUAAUAUUUUUCCAUUAAUGUUGAAUCUAUUAACCACACAUUAUUUUACAGGAGGUGUCAUUUGCCAUUUUGUAAAAAAAAUGUUUUAUGUUUAUAUGUACAUUUAAUAUAUAUGGAGGAAUAAAGAAUUAAAACAACGAGUCGGAAUUGUGGUGAUUGUGACUAUUUCUAUUGUCAAAAGUCUUAUCAUUCGUGUAGGUAACUCUGGAUGACAGUUAAUAGCAAAAUUGAUCGUUCAGUCACAACCUCAGUAGAGAAAAUGAUUUAUUUAUCUAUAGGUUAAACACAUUGACAUGUAUGGCAUUGUGACUUUCACAUUGUCAACUGCACUUACAUGGGCUAUGAUGUUCUAUAACAUGUCAAAAUAUACAACUGCAGUCUCUCGUGAACUGAAUGUUGGAUUGAAAUUGGUGAAUUGCCUGCCUCUAUAUAGUAUUAUGUAUGUAUAUAUUUGUAUAUCAUACUAAGAUGCAGAUAAAAAUUUGUUAUACUGUUUUUGUCUAUAGUUGAUUGUACAUGUGAUAGUACUUAAAGAGGUUUUUGAGGAAAAUGUGUUUUCAUGAACUGUAAUGUUAAUUUUGGUUUUUAAUUAAGUACUAUGAUAAAUGUAAAACUCCAAGAUAAUAUUAGGGAAGCUCCAGUGCAGGACAGAAUGGAACUUAGUAGAGCAUAUUUAAGAAAUGUAAUAUGUACCUUAAUUAUUAUAUCAAAUAUUUUGCUUGUGAUACAAGACACUGAUUUCACUUGACAUUUAUUGGAAGUCCUGAGUGAUUAUUAUUUAUUAUUUAGGCCCAUUUUGUCAUUCAUUGCUGCUUUCUGAUAUCUAGUGAUAUAAACCAACUGGGAUAAAUCAUGGAAAUAUGCAUUGUUAAUAUAUGGUGGUUCCUGAGACUAUUUUUAUAAUGAAUUGAUGGAAUUACAUUAUUCAUAUAUACCUACAGUGUUAUCUUCUUUACUAACAUAAACUUGGCUAUCUGUAGUGUAUCACAUUCAAAUGAAGCUAAUUUAAGUAAAUAUUUAUCCUAGAUUUUCUGUAAGAUGUUAAUUUUUUAAACCCAUGUAUCAAACUACAGUAUAUUACAGUACAUUUAUAGUAUUAUAGGAUAUCAAAGUUUAAUAAGAAAACUUGGAUAAGGAAUCAAAUGGACAGUUGAAAGGUAAGACAUCUGAAAUGUGGAGCAUAAUUAUGAAUAAAAAAUAUUUAAAUGAAUAGUAAAACAUGGUAUGGGAGGAGUCAAAUGAGAUUUGGCAAAUCUAAGUAUAUCAGUACACAAAUAACCCGCACAUAGAAGAGAGGAGCUUACGACGACGUUUUGGUCCAGUAUUUUGCCUUUGUUUGUUAUCUAAGUAUAUCAGUUAAUUAAAGAGAAAUACUAUAUGGCAUGACUUGUGAAAUAAAAUAGUGUCUUAGCUUGAGAUAAAAUACUGUAAUAUGGGAAGACUGCAAUUUAAUAACAGCUUGUGAAAGAAAAAAUUGCUUAUUAAAUUGAACUUGCAGGAUAAAUUAUUCUAAACUUUAUAUGACAGUAGAGAAGCUUAUCAUUAUUAUUAUUAUAUAUUUGUGGGAAGUGUGAAACCUGUAAGAUUCAUGCAGUAAAACACAGCAGGGGUGAUAGAGAUGGCACAAAGGAGGUGUUGAAGUAAGGACAUUAACAGAAUGGAAAGGAUGUUGAGAAUAUUUUCAUCCUUAGCUUAUAAUGAGUAAUGAAUAUAUUUAUUGUAAGUUAUUUUUUUUUUUUACACAUUGGCUGUUUCCCACCGAGACACGGUGACCCAAAAAGAAAGAAAAACCCAAACAGAAAGAAAAAAAACUUUCAUCAUUCAACAAUUUCACCGUCACUCAUACAUAAUGGCUGUCUUUGCAGAGGCGCUCAGAUACGACAGUUUAGAAGUCCCUGAUGAAUAAAUGAAGAAUGAGUAUAAUUGAAAACCGCUUCAUUAGCCAAAGGCCAUAAAGUGGAGCACUGUAAAACGGGCCCCCGUAUUAUUAUAGCUCAUCUAAUAUAAAUGUGAACAAAAUUGACUGAUACUGUGUAUUCAUCAUAGCCUUAAUGUUAAUGGAAGAUUUGAAUGUGCUGUAAUAUACUUUUUGAUGGUUUUCUCCAAUAUGUAUUUUCAAAAUUAUUUUCAGCACUGGAUUAUUUUCUUCUGUCGUCUUAUACCUGUGCUUAUAUGUACACUUCUGUUAAUUAAUAUGUUAUUUCUCUAACCCACAUUCAUCUUUUAAAUUUGACCUUAUUCUCAUACUGGCAUUAAAUUUUAUUUGACUAUUUUUGUAUACUUUCAAUCUUUGUACAAAUUCUCUCUGGUACUACAUAAAUCCAGAUUAAUUUUUAAAGCUAUAAAAUUUAUCUUUUGUUUUUAACUAUGACUAAUGACAUGCAGAUAGCUAUGUUUAUGCACAUGGGAAGAUGGAUCUGUAAUGGAUUUCAUGUAAUUUACAGGAAUCUUUAUGGUUGUUAAAAAGCAAAAUACAACAGUUGAAGUAUAUUCA